AAUUCGAUCGUAUUACUUGUGUAUACGCAAAUGAGUAUAUGAUUAUAUGUUUUGUAUUCUCAAAAUUUUCAAGUUAAUUUUGGGAUAUCAUUGAAUUUGGCUUGAAUUUUGUCGUGGAUUUGGAUGUGUCGUUUUAGAUUAUGGUUUUGGAAAGGUUUGGUUGGAUCUGCGUUGAAAUUGAAGAAAUCGGACUCGUUUAUUCGUGAAAUUCAGCUUGAUCAGGCAGAGAUCCGAUCAGAUUUCGUCAAAUCUGUUUGUGUGUGCUCGAUCGUGUUAGAAUAGAUUCUGUCGUGAAACAACAAAAUGGGUUCGGAAUUGAGGUUCUGGUUUGAAUUGCCAAGAUCAUAAUUCAACUGACAGAUGAGCUUUGUUUGGCUGUGCAGAACUGGUUUUCUUAAGCAUUAUUUAUCUAUUUGUUAACUCCAAUAAAACAGUUGCUUUGGAAUUGGGGCUCCCAGUUUCGAUUCCAAUUUCAUAGAGAGACUUUUGGACAGCGGUCUGAGUCAAUAGAGAUCAAAUUUAGGCUUAGAUAAUUUUCUCUAAUUCUUUCCGAAGUAUUCAUUCUGGUCGUUUUUGGAACUACCACCUUAAAUCUUUAACAUGUUAUAUGAACCCAGUUUGCCCCCCACUCUCUGUCCUUUUUGCUUGUCAAUUGAGGAGGAAAUAUUGGAAGUAGAAUCUUUCUGUUUGAGAUUUGUAGCGAUGGUCGAAAAUAAAUGUCCGACAAAUUUUUAAAAGCAAUAGCUAUUUUGAUGACGAGUGUGAGUGAAACCAUCUACUCUCUGAUCUAUUGGUAUAAGUUAACAUUUGUGUGAUCCAGGCAAGGUGUACAUAACGCCUCCUGAGGAAUUUUUUCAUUGAAAUAUUUUUUUGUGGAACUUUCAUCUUUGCUUGAACGGGCAGCUCUUAUUACAGAUCUGACAGGGAAAAUUACAUAAAUUGUGUUGUUUUUUUGAAAACUGAGAAUUAUCCAAAGUGGCAAAUCACCAUUUUAAAUGUCACUUCUCUAGUAUCAUUUAAAAGCUUUGUUUUUUGAGUUUUUGAAUCAUCUAUACGGUUGUACCUUGUCGAGUGAGAUGAAAUAUGUGGUGAUACAUCAAUACAUAACUUAUAUGUAUUUAUUCGUAUCUGAUUUUGUAGGCUGAGGUCUAUCUGGUAACAGUACUUCAUCACAAUUGAUGAUCACUUAUUGGCAUUUAUGCAUGAGAUAUGGUGUUAAAGAAGAGGCUCGAUCAUGGAUUCAAUGGUUACGGUCUCCCUCUUAUACCUAGAGCUCCAAGAUCAGUUAGAAGGAAGGGUUCACGUAAGCAAACAGUGGAGGAUAGCCAAAUUUGUGCAUUCGAAUUACUGGCAGCUGUAGCUGGCAAAUUGCUGCAGGAGAGCGAAAGUUCUGCUUCCAGUAAUGCUGCAGAAGGAAAUGAUCAGCUUUUUCUCCAUAAAGAUGGUCUUAAACAGGAACUAAUAGAAGAAGGUCAAGCUUUGAGAUCUGAUUGCCUUGAUCAGGGAAGCUUCAUAGAGAGUGAAUUUAUCCCUAAAUUUUCAGCUGAGGAUUGCAAUUUAAAGUCAGAAUUGAAAGAAUUCCCUCUUGGAGAGAAUGAUUCUAUUUUGGAACGCACUUCCAAUGUUACUAGUCCUAAUUUCACGAAGAAAGUUGGUUUGUCUGCUGGUUGUGAUGUGAACGGGGAAAUCUGUGGAAGUAAGAAUGCUCAUGAAAAUUUUCCUAAUAAAGCAGAGGGAGGCUGCUCAGAUGAUGGGGAAUCAUUUGGCUGUAAGAUAGAUAAUGAAAUAGAAAGACAGGUAGAGGCUACAUGGAAGCCGACCAUUGAUUUGACUGCGCCUAACACCAAGGAUCCCAUGGAGAUUUGUGCAAAUACUCACACACUCGUUAAUUCACAGGGUAGUGUACAGUUGCCCUUGUAUAGUGACCCCGUUCCUAAUGCUUCUUUUGCUAAGCAUAGGGAUGAUGUAAAGUUAGGUAGUAGAGAUGAUGAUGAAAAUUCUUUUAGGUGCAACCAAUCUAGCACCAAGAAACGGGCCUUUAGGCCGCAAACACGUAUUGGAUACCGACGAAUAAGGAAGAUGCUGACAACUAAAUACUGGAAAGUAGCUCCAAAAUUGAAGGAUUAUGAAAUUUCUAACAUUGAUCGGGGAACAAAGCCCAUAUACCGCAGUAGGAAAGCCAUUUACACACUUGAAAGAUGUCAACAUGAAGCUCCUUCUAAGAGGAGGAAAUUGUUUGACCAUAGCUCAAGAGUUAUGUAUAAUCAGGAGGCUAGUAGUGAAAGCAUAUCUAAUUCACCCAAGAAGAACAUAAUGGGAGCCAAAAAUGCUUCAGCUGCAUUCUUUCACCGAGCAAGAGGAUUGCCAUCUUCUACUAAAGGCCAUCAAGCAUCUUUUCACUCCAAUAAUUCACAUGGUGUGAUAAAGCUUCCUGAAUCUCAUAAGUGCGUUUUGUGUUCUAAGCAGAGGACAGUUAUGGAAACAGUGACUGCUAUCCUUGGUGGGGGAUUACAUGUAGGGGUACUUCUUCAAGGGAAGAAGGUUAGGGAGGACAACAGAACUCUGCUGCAGACUGGUAUUUCUUGUAGUGGCAACCUUGAUACUCUGGGUUUUACACUGGAGCCUUGUAUCUCCCCAACUUCUCCACCUGUUAAAGAUCCUCCUCUUUCGGUGUCAUGUGAGGCACAUCAACAAUCACCCAGGUCCCCAGACAGUCCCAUUCUGGAGUUAGGGUGCCCCAAUGCCUCAUCUGAUCCUCCUCCGGUGACUAAUAUGGACAACCAUGUUGAGAGUCAUCAUGAGUUAGUUCCUGCCCCUGCUAAUGUAAUAACGGAUGGAAUAGUGCCAGAUUGUAAAGCCUUGGUUGCCAUUCCACCGAUAACUGUUGAGGCACAUGCUGUGGUUCCCAUGAACCAAAAGGCUAAGCAUUCAGAGCUUUCACAGCGUAGAACUAGGAGGCCUUUUUCUGUGUCAGAAGUAGAAGCACUGGUUGAAGCAGUAGAGAAACUUGGAACAGGGCGGUGGCGUGAUGUUAAAAUGCGUGCUUUUGAUAGUGCAAAUCGUCGAACUUAUGUGGACCUGAAGAGGACAGUUAUGGAAACAGUGACUGCUAUCCUUGGUGGGGGAUUACAUGUAGGGGUACUUCUUCAAGGGAAGAAGGUUAGGGAGGACAACAGAACUCUGCUGCAGACUGGUAUUUCUUGUAGUGGCAACCUUGAUACUCUGGGUUUUACACUGGAGCCUUGUAUCUCCCCAACUUCUCCACCUCCUUGUAUCUCCCCAACUUCUCCACCUGUUAAAGAUCCUCCUCUUUCGGUGUCAUGUGAGGCACAUCAACAAUCACCCAGGUCCCCAGACAGUCCCAUUCUGGAGUUAGGGUGCCCCAAUGCCUCAUCUGAUCCUCCUCCGGUGACUAAUAUGGACAACCAUGUUGAGAGUCAUCAUGAGUUAGUUCCUGCCCCUGCUAAUGUAAUAACGGAUGGAAUAGUGCCAGAUUGUAAAGCCUUGGUUGCCAUUCCACCGAUAACUGUUGAGGCACAUGCUGUGGUUCCCAUGAACCAAAAGGCUAAGCAUUCAGAGCUUUCACAGCGUAGAACUAGGAGGCCUUUUUCUGUGUCAGAAGUAGAAGCACUGGUUGAAGCAGUAGAGAAACUUGGAACAGGGCGGUGGCGUGAUGUUAAAAUGCGUGCUUUUGAUAGUGCAAAUCGUCGAACUUAUGUGGACCUGAAGGAUAAAUGGAAAACUUUGGUCCACACAGCUAGCAUCUCCCCCCAGCAAAGAAGGGGAGAGCCAGUGCCUCAGGAGCUCUUGGACAGAGUCUUGGCAGCACAUGGCCACUGGUCUCAGCAACAAUCUAAGCAGCAUGGCAAGCAUCAGGCUGAACUCCUCAAAUAUUCAGAAGACCAGGUGGAGGGAGUUGAAAUUUGAAAGAUAGGUCUUAUAGCCCAGUGUACGAGACUCCCGUGCUUUGGGGAGGAUCAGUCUUAUCCCACAUGAAAGAAGUGUUUAAUUGUGAUUAUGUAAGAAAGUUCUGAUUGAACAAAAAAAAAAAAUAGGAAAAGGAUAUGUAGAAAGUCAAUUAAAUUUGUGCAACAUUUCUCACACGUAACACGAUCCAUCGCGGCCGGGUCUUUCUGUUGGAGAAGGCUGGCACUUGUAAAUGAUUUGUUGAAAUAAGAGCAUUCUAACAGAAUCCAUUGUUGUCACUUUGAUUUUGUAGAUUCUAUUCUUUUGCAAACAUUGUUUGAACUGGAAGAAUAAAUCAAGAAGUGUUAAUGAUUUUGAAUUGGUUGGAAC